UGGUAAUUAAGAAAAGCAACAAAAAAAACCAUUAAAUGACGACAAAAGAGACAUUAAGUUGGGUUCAAACGCUUAAAGAAAGUAUAAUAAACAAACUGAAAAAACGUAAUAUCCAAUUCGACGAACGUGAAAAAUUCGACGUAUUGCGUAAAAAGCUAAGAGAAGCAGUGAAAUCAGAAUUAGAAAAGAGUGAAAAUAAGCCUGGCGAAAAGAAUAAAAUCGAUAUUGAAACAACAGAUCAAGAGGUUCAGCAGGAUCAACCGAACGAGAUGACAAAAAACGUCAAAAUUGAGUUCCGGCUACACAAGGACGACUGGGAAACUUUUACAGAGCAAAUGGAGCAGUUGUUCAUUGCAAAUGACACCAAAGAGGAAAAGAAGGCAGCGCAAAUACUGGUAAGAGUAGACACUGAGGCUUUUAAAUUAAUGAAACAGUUACUUGCACCAGAUAAAGUAGCUACGAAAAAGUAUGACGACAUCGUUAAAGUCAUGAAUAAACACUUGAAUCCAAAGCCAUCGGAGGUCAUGGAACGUUGCAAGUUCAAUCAAGCUAAACAAGAGGAAAGCGAGUCAGUAGCGGACUUUGCAGCAAAAUUAAAAAAACUAGCACUAAACUGUAACUUUGCGGAUAUCAAAACGGCAUUACGUGACCAAUUUGUGUGUGGAUUAAAAGAGCAAAGCACGAAGGUGGAAUUAUUUAAGAAAACUGAUUUAGAUUUUGAAACAGCUUACAAGGAAGCGAUUGCAAGAGAAGCAGCUGAGAAAAAUGCAAAAAGUUCGUUAACGGCAUUGAAGAAUACAAAUGAACAAAAAGACGACGUAUUUGUGCUAAGCAAUACUAGGAAUAAAUGGAAAAACAACUAUAACAACGAAAAGGACAUAACUUGUUAUUGUUGUGGCAAGAAAAAUCAUACAUCCAAGGUAUGCAGAUUCAAGGAGUACACAUGUCACAACUGUAAGAAGAAGGGGCAUCUUCAACAAGCAUGCAGAAGCAAAGGAGACGGAAAGAAAAAGAAACAAGAACGAGUUCAGUUGCUAGAGCACAGACAAGAGGAUUCAUCCGAAGAAGACUCCGAAGAUGCAUCAUCACCAGAAGACAAAGCCACGAGUAAACGAAGGAGUCAAGAUUUCUAUUAUUUCACGGCUAACGUGAAAAAUGUGCAAAGUGAAGUGCAUAGAUUAAAAACGGAACAAAACGGUUUGUACGAUUGUAUGGGUGCUCCUAUGUAUGAGAAUGUCGAAAUAAAUGAUGUGAAUGUGUGUAUGGAAUUGAAUACGGGCACUUAUGCCACGGUAAUAUCGGAAUUGUAUUACAAUAAAUAUUUUAAGUCAUGCAAUAUUGUAAAAACGGAGCGCAAUUUAAAAACAUACGAUGAAAAAAUUUUGCAACCUAUUGGCAAAUUGACAAAUUUAAAGGUAAAAUACAGAAAUGCAGUGAGAAAGCUAAAUUGUUUUGUAUUGCCGGGGUCAGGACCAAUGUUAAUGGGUAGAAAAUGGCUAGCAGAAUUUGGCAUGUGGCCUUUACAAAUCAAAAAUGUUCGUAAUAGUAAAAUCAACAAAUUGAACGUUCAAAAUGUAAAAAACGAGCUAGCUGAAAAAUAUACUGAAUUUUUUAGCGAUUCUCCAGGAAAGUAUAAUAAAAGUAAAUCAAAAAUUUAUCUGAAAGAAAAUGCAAGACCAAUUGCGUUGAAAUGUAGAAGUGUUGCGUAUGCGUUGAGAUCUCUGAUUGAGAAUGAAUUAAAAAGACUUGAAAAGCUAGGACAUUUAGAACCGGUAGAAAUAAGUGAAUGGGCAACACCAAUCGUCCCUGUAUUCAAAAGUAACGGAAAUAUUCGCAUUUGUGGCGAUUUUAAAACUACAUUAAAUAAAUUUAUAUUAGCAGAUAAAUACCCAUUGCACACAAUAGAUGACAUAUUUGCAAAGCUACAAGGGGGUAAUUCAUUUUCGGAGUUAGACUUAACGCACGCAUAUAUGCAAUUUCCGGUAGACGGAAAAAGUUCAGAAUAUUUGACAAUCGUAACACAUAAGGGUCUUUUCAGAUACACGAAAUUACCGGAAGGCGUUUCAGUGGCGCCCACAGAUGUACAAAGAAAAAUGGAUGAAUGCCUUCAAGGAAUUGAUAGCGUGAUACCGUACUUAGAAAACAUUUAUGUUACAGGCAAGUCGGACGAGGAGCAUUUUGAAAACUUACAUAAAGUAUGCAAAAGAUUACAAGAGUGUGGGUUAAGAGUAAACAAAAACAAAUGUUUUUUCAUGAAAGAUAAACUAGAAGUACUUAGUUUUGUAAUUGAUAAAGAAGGCCUGCAUAAAGCCGAAUCAAAAAUUAAAGCAAUGACAAAUGCUCCUCGCCCGACAAACACAAAGGAACUAGAAUCGUUCUUAGAAUUAAUAAAUUUUUAUGCUAGAUUCUUACAAAAUAGAUCUGACCAAUUAAAACUGUUGUAUGAGGCGUCACGAAAAGAAAAAUUUGAAUGGAACGACAAAUGUACAAAAGCAUUUAAUUGGGUAAAAAAGGAAUUAACAUCACACAAAGUAUUGGUUAAUUACGACCCAAAACAAACAAUUAUACUUGCAUGUGACGCUUCAGAUUACGGUCUGUCGGCAAUUUUAUCACAUAGGUAUAGCAAUGGAGAGGAAAGACCGAUAGCUUUUGCGUCUAAAAAAAUUCCAAAGCAUGAACUAAACAGGAAAAUAUUAGAUAAAGAAGCGAUGGCAAUCGUUUUUGGAUGUAAAAGAUUCUACCAAUUUAUUUUUGGCAAAGAGUUUAUACUAAGAACCAACAACAAAGCAUUACAAUUAAUUUUAGGACCAAGAAAGGGCAUCCCAAUAACGGCAGAUAAUAGAUUCUAA